AAAAUUUCCAGAACCAACAUCGCUUUCUUCUCUUCCUUUUAUAGUUGUCUCGUACAAGAAAUAAUAAAGAGAAAGCUAUUUUUGUGAGAAAGUUAUGGUCUUGGCCCUGUAUAAACCAGGCUCAUCCGAAAAACUUUUUCCGGUGAUUGCUCAUGGCGGAAGGUAGGAGCAACCGCCUCACUAAUCUCGUUCUCUCUAGGAUUUUCCUUUCUGGGUUUUACUGUUGGGACUGGGAAUUCUUGACUGCUCUCUUGCUCUUUAGUUCUUAUUCUUCUUCCAUCUAAACAAAAAUACCCCAUACGUAGGUUGUUGUUUUCAGUUGAAAAUUUUUUCUUUAGGUUUUGCUUUUGGCUUGAUCUUCUUGGGGGUUGUUGAAGGGUAAAUCGGGGAUUGAAAAAUAUGGCGCACAGGUCGGUGCCGGCGCCGUUUCUGUUGAAGACGUAUCAGUUGGUGGAUGAUCCCACGACGGACGAUGUGAUCUCGUGGAAUGAAAGUGGCAACACCUUCGUCGUCUGGAAAACUGCUGAUUUUGCAAGGGAUUUGCUUCCUAAUUACUUCAAGCACAACAAUUUCUCUAGCUUUGUUCGCCAACUCAAUACCUAUGGAUUUCGAAAAAUUGUUGUGGACAAAUGGGAAUUCGCCAACGAUAAUUUCCGGCGAGGGCAGAAAGAGCUGCUAACGGAAAUCCAUCGCCGGAAAACGGCGCCACCACCAGCGACACAAACUGCGGGGAAAGGAGCUGCUGCGAAGGCCAAUUCGGGGUCAAAUUCUGGCGAGGAUCUGGGGUCGACGUCAACUUCAUCUUCGGAUUCGAAGAGCCCGGGAUCGGGAUCGAUUGACACCGCGAAGGUCGCCGAUCUUACUGAUGAGAACGCGAAGCUGAAAAAGGACAACGAGAUGCUGAGCACGGAGCUAGCGCAGGCGAAGAAGCAGUGCGACGAGCUGAUAGGGUUUUUGACAAAAUGUGUUAAAGUGGGGCCUGAUCAGAUCAAUCGCAUCAUCCGGCAAGGAAGCUGUGGGUCCACCUGUGAUGGAGGAUUCGUAAGUGAUGAUGAUGAAGAAAGUUGUGGAAAGUUGAAGCUAUUUGGGGUUUGGUUAAAAGGCGAUGGAAAGAAGCGUGGUCGUGAGGAGGGUAGUAUUGCCUGUGCUGGGUCACAUGACAUGAAGAACGUGGAGCUUCAUGCGCCGUUCAUGAAGAGCAGCAAAGUUUGUAACUGACCAAUCGAUCAAUCAGGACGAUUGAAAAAAUGCGGUGCGUAGUGUAAGGAUUGUGCGCGUCUCUGCAGGUGAUUUACUAUGGAAGAAAAGGAAACAUCUUAUUAAAAGUUUGUUUAGAUGCCUUGUAAUAUUGUUUUUUUUUUUUUUUAAAUUUUAUGGGUGCAAGAAAUUUAGGUAAGUGGAGAUCAAAGGCAAAUGGAUCUCUACGAAGGGGAGUCCACCCUUAUUAAAUGGAUAACGUUAGAAAAUAUGCACGUGUAGGAUUUGCUUCCAAUAAUAUAAACGAUACUGUAUGAUUGUUACCUUUUAAA